AUGAGCUCAACAACUCCGGCUAUGGUUCCAGUUAUAGAUUUCUCAAACCAAAACCUGAAACCGGGCAGCCCCGAAUGGGAUUUAGUGAAAUCCCAAGUUCGAGAAGCAUCGGGGGAGUACGGUUGUUUCGAGGCAUUGUUUGAUCCAAUCCUGGAGCUUCGAAAGGCAGUGUUUGGGGCUUUGCAAGAGACCUUUGACUUGCCUAUACAAACAAAAAAAUUGUGUGUUUCCGACAAGCCCUUUCGUGGCUAUUUGAAUCCUCGAUCUGGAGUGUUUCAAAGCUUGGCGAUGGAUGAUGCUUGUAUUGCUGAAAACAUUGAACGAUGCGUCACCAACACUUUAUGGCCUCAAGGAAACAUAAGUUUCAGUAAAACUCUGGCAUCUUUCACUCAACUAGCAUCAGAGUUAGAGAAGACAAUUUUGAAGAUGAUUUUGGAGAGUUUUGGAAUUGAGAAAUUCAUGGAUGAGCUCAUUGACUCCACAAACUAUCAACUAAGGGUCAUGAAAUAUGAAAAGCCAAAAACCAAGGAUUCAACCCAUGCAUUAGCUGCGCACUGUGACUCUAAUACGAUGACCCUUUUGUAUCAAAACGAAGUUAAUGGACUACAGAUUCAAAGCAAAGAUGGUGAAUGGAUCAAUAUGAAGCCUUCACCCAACUCUUUCAUAGUCUUGAUUGGAGAGUCCCUUAGUGUAUGGUUAAAUGGUCGAUUGCCUUCGCCUUCUCAUCGUGUCAUGAUGAAGGGUAACGAAGAUAGGUAUAGCUUGGGACUAUUUACAAGACCAAGAGGAGGCUACGUAAUCAAGGUUCCCAAUGAGCUUGUCGAUGACAACAAUCCCAUUCUUUUCAAACCUCAUGACCAUGAAGAAUUUUUGAAAAUUUAUCACUCCGAAAUCACUCAAGCAGCUGUUCAACCUGGGGGUUAUAUAUCUCGUCUUAAAGCUUAUUGUAGUGUCUAA